AUGUUAAUUGGGAAAAUAACACAAAGAAUAAAUGUAACAUACUCCAAACAACUAUCAUAUGCUGGAAGGCUCCAAGUUGUUAAUGCUGUGCUAUUCUCAAUUUAUAGCUUCUGUGGAAAUGAUUUUAUCCUCCCUCAAAGUGUGGUGAAAGGAGUAGAUAGGUUAUGCAGAGAAUACCUGUGGGGGACAAAGGAAGAGAUGAGGAAGGUGGCUUUGGUUGCAUGGGAGAAAGUCUGCUGCCCAAAAAAUAUGGGUGGGCUAAACAUCAAGGGAUGCAGGGAAUGGAACAUAGCCUCAGUUGGGAAAUUGAUAUGGCAGUUAGCACUUAACAAGGAAUCUUUAUGGGUAAGGUGGGUUCAUGGGGUGUACAUGAAGACCAAUCCAGACAUAUGGACUCACUCUCCACCAUUAGAUAGCAGCUGGUACUGGAGGAAAUUAAAUUCAGUAAAAGAAGGGAUGAGAGAGUGGUUCUCGCAGGGCAGAUAUAUUCUCAACAUUACUGGGGAGUACUCUAUUAAUUCAAGCUAUAUUGCACUAAUGGGGAGACAACAAAAAAUGAAGGUAGCUGAUUUGAUAUGGUCAGCAGUAGCUCAACCAAAACACAGGUUCAUAGGAUGGUUGGCAACACUAGGGAAAAUGUUGACAAAGGACAGAAUGAUUGGAAUGAGUAUACAGGUUGAUAAUGUCAAUUGCAUACUGUGUAAUGUGGAUGCAAUGGAAACUCAGGAGCACUUGUUUGUACAAUGUGAGUGGACAAGAGCAGUCUAG